UUGACUCAGAAUUUGGACGAUUCUCGUUCAAUCAAUGUCAUCACAUUGGAGAAGGAAGCGCUUAUUUCUGGAACAAGAAUUGAGAAUGCUGAGGGUGAAGAGAACGCUUUCCUAGGUUAUACAAGUCGCGGUGUUAGUGUGGUACUUCCUGAUCGUCCCGUAAGGGUUGUCUUGUUUGGCUUCUGGCUCGAUGAACUGCAGACGGUUUCGUUUACUACUAGUGACAACUGUUCCGCAACACCAUUAAUAUACGAACAAGUCGAUUUCAUCAUCCAGACAGACAAGAGAGUGGUUGUGGCUUCUCAGUUUCCUGAGUGUCGGAGUUUCGAACCCGCAUAUCUACUGAGGUUCCACCCCGUCAGUAUUAUUUCGCGUUAUGGAUUCAGGCAAGUGUUUAAAACAUGGGAAAAGAAGGUUUCUAUAAUAACGUGCCUUCUUGUUCUCUCUGGUCUUUUUUCCGGACUCAAUCUGGGUUUGAUGUCUCUUACACCGCAGGAGUUGAUGCUAAUCCAAAAGUCAGGGUCUAAAGCGGAACGUAAAUACGCAGAAGUUAUAUUGCCUGUUCGAGCAAGAGGAAACCUCCUUCUUUGCUCACUUCUUAUCGGUAACGUUUGCGUCAAUUCGGGUAUUUCAAUUCUUUUGGAUGACCUCACUUCCGGAUAUAUCGCUUUAAUCGCUUCAUCGGCUGGGAUUGUUGUGUUUGGUGAAAUUUUCCCACAAAGUCUUUGUGUCAAGUAUGUUAACACUUACAUCUGUCCUACUUAUUUUUCAUAUUUUUGUUGCGUUUUUACCAGUCUUUCAUACAAAACACUUACUAAAAUUGGCAGGAGUUAUCUUUUAAGCGUUCGUAAUUGA